AUGUCAAAUAAUCUGAAUUCUCAGUUUGAUUUUGAUUGAUCAAGUUUGAAAAUAGGAGAUAAAAUAAACAAAGGUGCUUGCUCGGUUCAUAAAUUGUUGCAUCGUUAUGUGACAAUAGCGUACCAAUUGUAGUUGGAGCUUGUGUCAUAAAUCUUAAGAAAAAGCCGUCGAUUAUUCAAAGAAAAAAUAUAGAAAAACCAAUACAACAAACUACCGUUUACGGCCAUUUCUGAAAAACGAUCAAUGAAGCUUACCGUGUAUUUUGACUAAAGAAAAUGCCUAAAAUACCAUAUAAACCAGAAAAGUCUGGUGGAAAUGACGAUGACUACGAAAUUGUUUCGUUCGAUGAUUUUUCCGACAAAUCUCCGGGUUCGAAAACUGAUUUAUUAACUUUGAAUGAUAACAUAAAUUAUCGUCUCUAUUACGAAGCAGAUAAACAAUCAAAAUAUCUAGAAAACAAUGGAGAAUCAUCCAAAGGUAUUGACAGUCAUACAGAAACGUCGCUGAAUGGAGCAAGAAAUGGAUCAUUCAGAAAAUUAUCAAAUUCUUUUGUCCCAUUCGGAAAAUCCGGCGGGAAGACUCACACGCCGUUAUUUAGCGGCGUUAAGUCUAAGAAUGAAAAUGAAUCUUCAUCUAGAGAACACAGAUAUCAACGAUUUUCAGAAAAUAGCACGUUUAUGCAGAGAGUCUGCGAUAUGAUGCCUGGAACUGGUUCAAGUGUACUAGCCAUAAUCUUGUUGUGCGGGUUGUCCCUUGCAAGUUAUUGGGCAGUCGGCGGUACCAUCGGUGGGUCCUGGGGCGAGGAGCAUUACAAGAAACUAUGGGAGAGAACGCAUCCCGAAAAUGUGAAGAAACCUCUAUCACCCAUGCCACAUGACAAGCAGGUGAUACCCGAAUACAGGUACCACGACCACAACAACUUGAGCACCAAAAACAGAAGCAACGGAACUGAGGCUAAGAAGAAGGAAUUCAGUAAGAAAAACGUGUACGUGGAACGUCCGGCCGCAGUCUUGCGCGAGCUAUGCGCGCUCGUCGCGGACAAUAUGAAGUUCGACUGCUACCCUCAAGGCGACAUCAAUGAGGAGAACUGCGUCAAACGAGGUUGCUGCUGGAAGGUUACACAGAUGAAGGGCGCUCCGUACUGCUACUACCCGUCGCAGUACGACACGUUCCGUUUCGUGAACAUGACCGAGGACAAGCACUCCAUGACCGUGUUCUACGAGAAGGCUCGACCCUCCGGUUAUCCGGAUGACUUUGAACUAGUCCGAAUGGAUUUUAAAUACAUGUCCGAUGAAAUUUUACAGAUUAAGAUAUAUGAUGCGGAAAACAACCGAUUCGAACCACCCUACCCAGAAAUAUCGAUGGGCUCCAAGACCCUGACGGAUAUGAAAUACAGAGUUGUCUUGGAAGGCUCGAAGAUAGGGUUCAAAGUGAUAAGGAAUUCUGAUGAUGUUGUCAUUUUCAACACCCAGGACGUGGGAGGGCUGAUAUUAUCGGACAAGUUCCUUCAGAUAUCAGCAAUACUUCCCACCGACCACGUGUUCGGCCUGGGAGAGAAGCGAGCGAGGUUCAUGAACAACAUGGACUGGCAGACCUUUGCCAUAUUCAACAGAGACAGGGCGCCCACGGAAGGGCUUAAUUUGUAUGGCACGCACCCUUUCUAUCUGGCCGUGGAACAAAACGGACAAAGUCACGGGACGCUUCUACUCAAUUCUAACGCUAUGGACAUAGUGCUGCAGCCGAGCCCCGGCAUCACGUACCGCGCGACGGGCGGCGUGCUGCAGCUGUUCGUGCUGGCGGGCCCCAGCCCCGCGCUCGUCGCCCGCCAGUACACGGAGCUGGUGGGCAGGCCCUUCAUGCCGCCCUACUGGUCCCUGGGCUUCCAUCUGUGCAAGUUCAACUACGGGAACCUGAGCGUCAUGGCGGACGUGUGGCAGAGGAACAGAGACGCUGGCAUACCCUUUGACGUCCAGUGGAACGACAUCGACUACAUGACGCACAGCAACGACUUCACGCUGGACGCCGCCCGGUACGCGGGGCUGCCCGCUUUCGUGAAGAGGCUGCACUCCGAGGGCAUGCACUACGUCAUGAUCUUUGAUAUUGGUAUUGGAGCUUCAGAAAAGCCGGGCACGUAUAAAGCCUACGACCGAGGCAUAGAAAUGGACAUAUUUGUGAAGAAUUCUUCAAAUCAACCGUUUAUAGGAAGAGUCUGGAACAAAGGGUCCACGGUAUAUCCAGACUUCACUCAUCCGAAUUCGACUCCGUAUUGGGUCGAAAUGAUGACGGACUUCCACAAACUCGUCCCGUACGACGGAGCGUGGAUCGACAUGAACGAGCCGUCGAACUUCGAGGACGGUCCCCUGCACGGCGCCUGCGCCCCCGAGCAGCUCCCGUACCGCCCGCGCACCGGCGACCCGCAGCUGCACACGCACACGCUGUGCAUGGACGCCGCGCACCACGCCGGCCCGCACCGGCACUACCACGACCUGGUGGGGCUCAUGCAUGCCGUGGCCACCAACUUUGCCUUGCAAGAGAUCAGAGGGAAGCGUCCGUUCAUCAUAAGCCGUGCGUCGUUCGUUGGACUGGGGAGGUACGCGGGCCACUGGAGCGGGGACAUCAGCAGCCAGUGGCACGAUAUGAAGAUGUCCAUACCGGAGCUGCUGAGCUUCAGUCUGUUCGGAGUCCCCAUGAUGGGUGCCGACAUCUGCGGCUUCAACGGCGACACCAACGUGGAGCUCUGCACGCGCUGGAUGCAGCUCGGAGCCUUCUACCCCUUCUCGAGGAAUCAUAACACCGAUACAGCCAUUCCGCAAGACCCCGCGAGCCUGGGCCCGGCGGUGGUGCAGGCGAGCCGCGCCGCGCUGCGCACGCGCUACAAGCUGCUGCCCUACUACUACACGCUGUUCUGGCGCGCGCACGUGCUCGGCGACACCGUCGUGCGCCCGCUGCUCUUCGAAUUUCCCGAGAUGUCUGAGCUACAUGACAUCGACACCCAGUUCAUGGUCGGGCCGCACGUGAUGGUCGCGCCGGUGCUGGAGCCCGGCACGGACCGCGCCCGCGCCCUGUUCCCCGGCGCGCAGGGCUGGUACAGCCUGGCGACGGGCCGACACAUCGCCACCAACGAUUGGGCCGAAGUCUUGCACAACGACACUGUCUCUAUUAAGGGCGGCGGCGUGGUGGUGCUGCAGGAGCCGGCGGCGCGCGGGCCCGUCAGCACCGGCUCGGCCCGCAGCGCGCCGCUGCAGCUGCUCGCGGCGCCCGACGCAGCCGCCGCCGCAAGCGGACGCCUCUACUGGGACGACGGCGACAGCCUGCACACCUACGAAGAGAAGAAAUACAGUUACAUAGAAUUUUCACUGAACGGCACUGAAAUCCAAUCACAUGUGAAAUGGUGGGGAUAUGGAGUUCCGCUGUUCAACCAGCUGUCAAUUCUCAAUCAGCCCCCCGUCAAGCAAGUUCUGAUCAACGGAAUGCCGUGCGUGUCCCCCUGCUCGUUCACGUACUACAAGAAGAACAAAGUGUUGUGUGUUACAUGUGGAUCAAAGAAAUGUAACAGACAUGAUGACAGCAUUACUACUGAGCCCUGGGUCGGGCUGCAGAUACAUAAACAGCUUGAUCAAGCCAUUGAAGAUUUUUACAACACAAUAUUGGACCAAUUCGUCAAUUCAUGGUAUAGCAAGAUCACACUGCAGCCAUUCUUCGUGGAUGAACUAAAGUAUCAAUUAAGAUAUGCUUCCGCCUGCCUCUUACAACGAGCUAUUAAGGUAAACUAUUCUCGGUUUAUAACGGAGCGUCUCCUGCCGUGCGCGUUGCGUCAUUACACGCUGUGCUCGGACCGGCCGGCCGCGGCGCCGUUGCCCUCGAAGCUGGCCCUCCACCCCGCGGCUGCGAACAGAAACGCGGAGCUCAAGUAUCUGAGGUGCAUCACGAACGCGAUCAUGCCGUACCUACUUAAGAACGAUGAUAUACAAAAUUCCGUGUUUCGUGUACUCGUCAGAGAAAUAUUCGCCGGUUGGGUGUUAUUGUCAUUGACCGACGUGCUCGCUGAUCCGUAUAUACUAAACACUUUGAUAAUAUUGGCCACUGGCAAUGAAAGGAUGGCACAGUUACCAGCCUCGCCUAAUUAUAAGGUAGAAUUCCUAGAGACCUUCGUGAGGCAGACCGAGUCGUUGUACGCGCAGCGCUGUAAACUGUUAAAGAUAGACUUGGACUUCGUCAUAAACGAUCAGGAAUAUUUCUAUGCUUUCAUGCAGUACAUGAAGAACACGAGUCACAUACAUCUGCUGCAGUUCUACAAGGACAUCAAAUCAUUUCAAAUGAAGAUCUUAAAUCCGGAUUUGUCUGAAAGCGAGAAGGCUUCAUUGCACGGCGAGGCCUGCGACAUCUACUCCGUGUACCUGUCGCAACGCUCCGCCCACAGAGUGCCGCUGCACCCCGCGCUGGCCACGGAGCUGUUCGAGCUGCUGCAGAGCCGGGACAGCAUCAGGAGACUGCAAACAAGCCGCGCCCUGUACCAAGCGGCCAGACAAUCGCACGCCGUACUCGAAAAGAUAAUGUUGCCGAGAUUCCUGCACAGCGAACAGUUUUAUAAAUUGUUAUUAGGAAGCCGAAUACCCACCGGAUAUCAGAAGCACAUAUUCAAGAAGCCCCAGGAGAAGCUUCUGAACACCGCCAUAAGGCUGGGCGGCAGACUGCGCGGCGCCCUCAGGGCACCCGCCGCCGACGGGCAGCUGCCGGACGGCUACCCCGACUCGGAUGAGCUGGAGGCCAACGGCGACGACAACAUCGACAUCCUCAAGUAUCUGGAGAGCAUCACGGCCGAGGAGUCUCUGCGGGGGAACGACCUGACCAAGUACAAGGUCGUGCUCACCAAUGUCGAGAUCGUGCAGCAGGCGCCCCCGCGGCGCGGCGGCGUGCGCGCGUUCACGCUGGGCGUGCAGCGGCUGGAGGGCGCGCUGUGCUACCGCGUGCUGCGCCGCACGGAGCACGACUUCCACCUGCUGCGGAGCAAGCUGCACGAGUUCCACGGGGACGCGCUGCUGCACGACCUGCCGCUGCCCUCCAGGAGAGACAACAGUCCAUUGGAGACUAUACGGUACAAGUACGAAGAUUUCCUUCAGCGUCUGCUGCAGAAGAGUCUGUUGCAGACGAGCGAGCUGCUCAGGCUGUUCCUCACGGAGGAGGGAGACUUUUCCCUGGCGGUCCAGGCGUCGACCCUCAACGCAAGCAGCACAGACCUGCUGAACAUCUAUCAGUCCGUCACCCACAAGCUGAGGAAGGAGAAGGGGCAGCACCUGGAGAGCUUCCUGAGGAAUCUGCUCGUGUCUUCAGACAGGGACCGGUACCGGGCACUCAAACAAGGUCGAGAGGUGGAGGAGGCGGUGGAGGUCAGCGAAGAGGUGGAGGCGGAGCAGCGGAGCGCCGGGCCGCGGCGCCCGCGCGACCUCACGGCCUCCGUGUUUGGGAACAACUUCGACGUGGAGUCCGGCCCCGUUACGUCAGCGCCCGCCCACCGGACCCCCGUCGCCGGCCUCACUCAGUGCCUCAUGUAUCUGUUGUGCGGGGCGGGGGGCGCGCGCGGGGUGGCGGCGGGCGCGCUGGGGGCGGCGCUGGGCUGCGUGCGCGCGCCGCUGGACGCCGCCGCCGACGCGCACCUCGCCGCCGCGCUGCGCCGCACGCUCACCCAGCCGCGCCUGGCGCAUCUCAUCGCGCUGGGACAAGAAUUAUUAUUCGGUAAGAGAUCUUCAACUCCACGUGUAGACUCGAACGAGCAUCGUGAUCUGGCUCGGCGACAGUUGCUGGGCGUUACGCGGGGCGCCGCGAUGCUGGUCCCAGGACUAAAGGACGCGCUCAACAACGCCUUCGAGAUUAUACAGGACCCGAGGCUGAAUAAACAGUUGGUGUAUAAUUUAUUGGACCUGUGUUUAGUGGAGCUGUUUCCGGAAUUGAAAAACGAACAUGAAUGUUCCGACAGCGGACCAAAGAGCUGAGAUUAUAUUUAUUUCACACGUGGAUUGUAAUUUAAUAUGUUAUUCGAAUAUACAGUGAAGUUUGAUAACUUAUUAUUUUUAUACAAAAAUAUAAUCAUAACACAUAAAGAGGCUCUAUUUUUAAUUCUGAAAAUAUUUACUUCAAUGUUACCUGAUUCGAGCAGCUUUUUAUACCUACUAUUGUUGCUUGCUACUAGAAAACUUAAGAGUAUUAAAUAAAAUUGAAAAUCAAACAACACAUUUAUUUGAAACUGCAAUGAACAAUUAAUUAUUUUGUAUGUAAAAACUGUUUUAUCAUAUUAUUAUAUAUAAUCGUUCAAUUAAUGUUAUUGAAUUGAAUAUUUUUACACUUGAAUGUAAAAAAAUUCAUCUACUUUUUAGUCACGGGAUUGUAAGUUGUUCAAAGGCUGCUCUUUGAACAAUUUACGCUUUUGCAAAGCAAGGUAAGAAAUCAGUAAGCCGAUAGAACCCGCAGAUUUAUCAUGCAAUUUGCGGAAUAUUCUAUUCAUUAUUUUUAAUGUUUAAACGCGGGCAUUUUUCUACUUCUAUAAUUUCAUGGUUUGUUAAAAUUUUACAAAUAGAGUUUACACAUCGACAAGAUUCAUCUUAACAUGCUGAUUUCGGAUUAACUGAAGUUGAAAAUCGUUUCAAAAAUUCCGACAGAUGUUUUUGGAUUUUGCAAAUUGAGUUUUCAGUUAUAAAUUUAAUUUUGAAAUGAAUUUAAUUAAUAUGACAUUGUUCAGUUGAACUGUGAUUCACGUCUUUGCUUUAAUCUGAACUAAAAAAAAAAACAUCUGUCAUAACACUCAUAACGUUGCGAAUUCCUCGCAUGUUUUCUUUCUGAGGUUGUCGCGUCCAUUGUUAUUAUAUUAAUAUUAUAUAGAACGGAUUUUUUGGCCGGAAUGUAAAGAAUGCAGUUAUGUUAUUUAUUUUUGUUAAUUCAAUGUUUAGAUCUUAUAAUGAUUCGGCAAUUUGAGCUUAUUUCCUGUCUUUUAAUAGAGGAGAGUAAUCCAUAUUAUUUUCUGAGAUUUUUAUCAAACAAUGUUACUACAGUUUUUUUCGUAUAAAAUGGUUAUCCUUUCUAAUGUACUUAGAUAGUCCAUUCCUUGAUUAACUAUUGUUUAAAAAAAUACUAUUAAAUGUUUAAGAUUCAUCAUA